AUGGAUUCCAUCUACGUUAAUCCAGCAGCGAAAACCUGGGAGGCCCGCGCAUCUACCGACCUGAAUCUUCUUGUGCAGAGUUUCCACGAGAAGCUGCCGGGCUUCGGCGUCUCACCUCUGGUACCCAUGGCCGAACUGGCGCGCGAUCUUGGCGUGAAGGCCGUGUUCGUCAAGGACGAGAGCAGCAGACUGGGCCUGCCGGCGUUCAAGAUUCUCGGGGCGUCGUGGGGCGCCUUCAGGGCUAUUGCAGACCUGGCCGACAAUCUGUCGUUGGAUUCUAGUCUGGAAGAGGUUUCGAGAGCGGUGCGACGGCUCGGUCUUAGCCUGUACGCUGCUACGGAUGGGAACCAUGGCCGCGCGGUGGCUCGUAUGGCGAGGAUUUUGGGCGUGGCAGCCAGCAUCUACGUUCCGGCUUUCACAGACGUGCACGUUCAACGGAACAUUGAGGCUGAAGGUGCUAAGGUCACAGUCGUCCCGGGGAACUACGACGACGCUGUUGCUGUGGCCAACGCCGAGAGCAGAAAGGUGUCGGGCGGCUUGCAUGUCCAGGACAACGCCUUCGACGAUUACGAGAAAGUCCCGGGAUACAUCAUUGAAGGGUACUCUACGCUCUUGCGAGAAGUCGAGCAGCAGCUCGAGCAGCAGGGUCUCAAGGCGACCGCCAUGGUGACGCCUAUUGGGGUUGGGUCGUUGGGACAUGCGGUUACAGCGUACUGCAAAUCAUCCGGCCGGCAGAUCGACGUCGUGGCAGUUGAGCCAGAGACAGCGGCGUGCUUGCACGACAAUCUCAGGAGUGGCGAGUUUCGCAGCAUAGAGACAUCGAAGACGAUCAUGGAUGGCAUGAAUUGUGGCACUGUCUCUCAUAUAUCUUGGCCCAUACUGCGGCAGGGAGUCGAUGUGAGCGUGACAAUAUGUGAUCGGGAAUGCCACGAGGCAGUAGAGCAGCUGCAGAAGCUGGGUGUUCACGCGGGCCCAUGCGGUGCUGCUUCAUUAGCUGCCACGAAGAAAGUCGCCGUUGAGCUCAAAGAUGAACAUGGCAUCCGACUGAAUGGAGACUCGGUGGUGGUUCUGUUAAGCACUGAGGGCAGCAGAUUCUACGUCGUGCCAGAGUAG